AUGGCUUUGGAUGAUCGUAAUGACCCUUGGAUGUGCAGAGUUUUCCCUACCAGUUUGACAGGAGCAGCACUAGAGUGGUUCAGGAAUAGACUGCAUAAGUCCAUCCCGGAUUACGUAACUCUAUGCACCAUGUUCCUGGCACAGUAUUGCAGAAAUAAGAAGCAAAAGAAGAGCAUUGCUAGCCUCUUUACCGUAAGGCAAAAAAGGGGGGAAACAUUGCAGGAUUUCUUGUCAAGAUUCAACAUAGAAGCCUCAGAAAUAGCGGAUUGUCAUCCCGCGACUGCUAUAGAGACAUUUAAACUUGCGAUGAUUCAGGGGACGAAGUUCCACACUUCCUUAGUCAAGUAUUCUCCUCCCGACAUGCAGACUCUCAAUGUCAGGGCCCAGAUUUACAUUCAGCUUGAGGAAAAUAUAGCCCACCGAGCGCAGCACGCCACCCUCGUGACAGUGGAAAACAAACCUCGAGAAAGAGUUCCAAUUCCAAAGAUUCAAAAAAGCCAACGUUUCUUAACGCUAAUCACCCAGGCACCUGAAAAAAGGCAAAGGGUAGAGGAAGGAUUUACACCUCUCCGAACUACCUUGGUUCGGCUCUUCCAAGAGAAUAAGAUGAAGUUCAUAACUCCGCAGCCGAUAAAGCAACCCCUGGAGCAAAGAGACAAAAGCAAGCAUUGCGCUUAUCAUCGAGAUUAUGGGCAUUCAACCAAUGAUUGCAGAUCACUCAGGCAACAGGUGGAGAAUAUGAUCGCCAGAGAUGAUCAAGAGUUCGAGAAGGUAUACAGAUCCAGACUCAGGGCAGCCCACAAGCUCAGGAGGACAUCCUCGGUCAAUGCUAUCGCUUCGGAUAGCAUCAGUAUUGGAUUCGGGGAUGACGACCUAUCCAGAGUUCAACUCCCCCACGAGGAUCCAUUGGUCAUCAGUCUUUUAGUGGUGGCCAAUUGUAUGAUCCGGAGGGUUUUGAUAGAUCCAGGAAGUAGCGCCAACAUAAUCACAAAGAUGGUAUUUGAGCAGCUAGAGAUCCCGUCAUCAUCUAUUCGACCUACCUCUAGCCUGUUGAUGGGGUUCGAUGGCACACGAGUAGAUCCCUUUGGAGUAAUAGACUUGUCCGUAAUUGCGACGAAGAGGACUCUGAAGGAGAACUUUAGCCCUCUGCCCAAGUAUCUUAAGGUAGAGGAGGAAGAGGAAAUUGCGAAGCCCACCGAGGAGACCCUUGAAGCAGUGGAAGUUUUCCUCGGCGACCCUCAGAAGGUUACCUAUCUAGGCUCUUCCUCCACGUUCGAAGAAAAAGAGGCGUUAAUUGAUGUUAUCCGGAGCAACGCAGAUGCCUUUACGUGGGAUCACUUGGACAUGGUAGGGAUCGAUCCCUUAGUUUCCUGCCAUAGUCUGAAGGUGGAUCCGGAAUUCAAACCGAUUAAGCAGAAACACCGAAGGUUUGCCCCUGAACGCAAUCACAUUAUAGCUGAAGAAGUGAGCAAAUUAUUGCAAGCAGGUUUCAUUCGAGAAGUGUAA